UGGCUGUAGGGCAGCAGUUUGCAUAGCUCCAUCGCACAACUAGUGUAUAGACGAUUGUGACUGCAGACAAUGGACGACGCAACUGCAUAAUAUAAAAAAAAAAAGGCACUUGGCACGCUACAUCGUCUGCGUGAUGUGUACGCCAUCAAUGUGCGACAUAAGCAGAGCCAAUACGUAAGGGAGGGCGGCGUGGAAGCGGCGCUCCUGAGUGGUUCGGAGAAAGUGCAGAGGACCCUGAGUUACCGUCGGCAGCGUGUGAAAAUGGCGAACAUUCGGAGUGUCAAGGGUAUGGUGGGGCUAGUCACAGGAGGGGCCUCUGGACUGGGGAGGGCCACGGUGGAACGGUUGGUGAAUAUGGGGGGCAGCGCCGUGAUCCUGGACCUGCCGAGUUCGGACGGAGAGAGCGUGGCGCAGAGUUUGGGGGACCGAUGUGCCUUUGCUCCCGCGGACGUCACCUCGGAGUCAGAUGUGCUCUCUGCCGUGUCUCUUGCCCGUGAGAAGUUUGGCCGCCUGGACCUUGCAGUGAACUGUGCUGGAAUCGCUGUGGCUGCCAAGACCUACAACUUCAAGAAGCACCAGGCCCACAGCCUAGAGGAUUUCACCAGAGUCAUUACUGUGAACAUUGCGGGCACCUUCAAUGUGAUCCGGCUGUCCGUGGCAGCGAUGUGUGAGAAUGAGUGCGACGCUGACGGCCACCGGGGCUGCAUCAUCAACACGGCCAGCGUGGCAGCGUACGACGGACAGGUUGGUCAGGCGGCGUACUCCGCCUCUAAAGGAGGGAUCGUAGCGAUGACGCUCCCCAUCGCCCGCGACUUGGCGUCCAAUGGGAUCCGCGUGGUCACCAUAGCCCCCGGCCUGUUCUCCACGCCUCUCCUGUCUGGGCUUCCUGAGAAGGUGCGCACCUUCCUGGCUCGCCAGGUGCCCUUCCCCUCCCGCCUCGGGGACCCGGCCGAGUUCGCUCACCUUGUGACCUCGGUGGCCGAGAACCCCAUGAUCAACGGAGAGGUCAUCCGGCUGGACGGAGCCAUCCGCAUGCAGCCUUGAGAGAGAGACGGCGGGGAAGGACAGACAGAGAGAGAGAGGGAGGGGAAGGACAGACGGAGAGAGA